UGCAGCGGGGAGCGCAGACUUCCCCCGUCCUCAGAUCCUCCACCAAAUCCACUCUGGCCUGCGGAGGAGGGGGAGGGACGGGGCGUUUGGCCAAUAAUAGCUUCGCUUUCUUGCCUGCCGCCCAAUAGACCGCUGUUUACAGGCAGGGGCGGGACUAGGAGGGCAGAAGUGGGCGGUCCCGGGCUGGCCGGGCGCCGCGGUGCAGCAGCGCACAGGGAGCGCGUCUCACAGGUAGUCGGCGCCUCGGCGACUCGGGACUCGCUGCCGCCGCUGGCCAAGGUGCUGGACACUACCGACCUGUCGGCCACCUCGCCAGCUCAGUUGCCCGUUGCAGCCGCGGCUGCCUCGCUCCCACCCGGGUCCCCAUGGAAGAGAUGGAAGAAGAGUUAAAAUGCCCCGUGUGCGGGUCCUUCUAUCGGGAGCCCAUCAUCCUGCCCUGCUCCCACAAUUUAUGUCAGGCGUGCGCUCGCAACAUCCUGGUGCAAACCCCGGAGUCUGAGUCCCCCCAGAGCCGUCGGGCCUCGGGCUCUGGGGUCUCCGACUAUGACUACCUGGACCUGGACAAGAUGAGCCUGUACAGCGAAGCGGACAGCGGCUAUGGCUCCUAUGGGGGUUUUGCCAGCGCCCCCACUACUCCGUGCCAGAAGUCCCCCAACGGAGUCCGCGUGUUCCCCCCGGCUAUGCCGCCACCGGCCACCCACCUGUCACCGGCCUUGGCCCCGGUGCCCCGCAACUCCUGUAUCACCUGCCCCCAGUGCCACCGCAGUCUCAUCCUGGAUGACCGGGGUCUCCGUGGCUUCCCCAAAAACCGCGUCCUGGAAGGGGUAAUUGACCGCUACCAGCAGAGCAAAGCCGCGGCCCUCAAGUGCCAGCUCUGCGAGAAGGCGCCCAAGGAGGCCACCGUCAUGUGCGAACAGUGCGAUGUCUUCUACUGCGAUCCGUGCCGCCUUCGCUGCCAUCCGCCCCGGGGCCCCCUAGCCAAGCACCGCCUGGUGCCUCCGGCCCAGGGCCGCGUGAGCCGGAGGCUGAGCCCGCGCAAGGUCUCCACCUGCACAGACCACGAGCUGGAGAACCACAGCAUGUACUGCGUGCAGUGCAAGAUGCCCGUGUGCUAUCAGUGCUUGGAGGAGGGCAAACACUCCAGCCACGAAGUCAAGGCUCUGGGGGCCAUGUGGAAACUGCACAAGAGCCAGCUGUCCCAGGCGCUGAACGGGCUGUCGGACAGGGCCAAAGAAGCCAAGGAGUUCCUGGUGCAGCUCCGCAACAUGGUCCAGCAGAUCCAGGAGAACAGUGUGGAGUUUGAGGCCUGCCUGGUGGCCCAGUGUGAUGCCCUCAUCGACGCCCUCAACAGGAGGAAAGCCCAGCUGCUUGCGCGCAUCAACAAGGAGCAUGAGCACAAGCUGAAGGUGGUUCGAGAUCAGAUCUCUCACUGCACAGUGAAACUGCGCCAGACUACGGGUCUCAUGGAGUAUUGCCUGGAGGUGAUAAAGGAAAACGAUCCUAGUGGCUUUUUGCAGAUCUCUGACGCCCUCAUAAGGAGAGUGCACCUGACUGAGGACCAGUGGGGGAAAGGCACACUCACUCCCAGGAUGACCACAGACUUCGACUUGAGUCUGGACAACAGCCCUCUGCUGCAGUCCAUUCACCAGCUCGACUUCGUGCAGAUGAAAGUCCCAGCAACCCCCAUCCUACAGCUGGAGGAGUGCUGCACCCACAACAACAGCGCCACGCUGUCCUGGAAGCAGCCGCCUCUGUCCACGGUGCCCGCCGAAGGAUACAUUCUGGAGCUGGACGAUGGCAAUGGUGGUCAGUUCCGGGAAGUGUAUGUCGGAAAGGAGACCAUGUGCACCGUGGAUGGUCUUCACUUCAACAGCACGUACAACGCUCGCGUCAAGGCCUUCAACAAAACAGGAGUCAGCCCGUACAGCAAGACCCUGGUCCUCCAGACGUCCGAGGACACAGAUUCAGAAGAACAGACACUCCCUUUUCCAGUGCCUUCGGAAAGAUUGCCGCUCCGUAGAAUGAGUCCUUUCUCCUCCACCCUAAAUCUACAGCCCAGCUUUCCCGGGAGAUCCUACUUUGAUUUCCGAUCCUCACCCCACCAGCUGAGCUUGCAUUCCUCCUUACAGUCUCUCAAUGCACCGGGAUGCAAUUUUGAGCCACAAUCUGCACCUUACUCUCAAUUAGUUGACAUUAAAAAGCUGUUGGCAGUGGCCUGGUUUGCUUUUGACCCCGGCUCAGCACACUCGGACAUCAUCUUCUCCAACGACAACCUGACUGUGACCUGCAGCAGCUACGAUGACCGGGUGGUACUGGGGAAGACCGGCUUCUCCAAGGGUGUCCACUACUGGGAGAUAACUGUGGACCGCUACGACAACCACCCCGACCCUGCCUUUGGCGUGGCUCGCAUCGACGUGAUGAAGGAUGUGAUGUUAGGAAAGGACGACAAAGCUUGGGCAAUGUAUGUGGACAAUAACCGGAGCUGGUUCAUGCACAACAACUCGCACACCAACAGAACUGAGGGAGGGAUCGCGAAAGGGGCCACCAUCGGGGUCCUCCUCGACUUAAACAGGAAAACCUUGACAUUUUUUGUGAACGACGAACAGCAAGGGCCCAUUGCCUUCGAGAACAUGGAGGGCCUCUUCUUCCCGGCAGUGAGCCUGAACAGGAACGUGCAGGUCACACUGCACACCGGGCUCCCCGUCCCUGACUUCUACUCCAGCAGAGCAUCAAUAGCCUAAGGAUGGGCUGUGGAAGCGCCAGCUGCCUACUCUUCCCUCCACCUGAGAAGCAACUACAAGGAGCUCAGCCAGAGUGUGGUGGGAUGCCAGAGAGCUGGAAGGAGAGGGAGAAGGAGGAGAGCAAAGCUGGUCCUCUAUGCUCGUUACACCCCACAGCUCCGCCCCUUCCCUUCCAACCUCUCUCUUGCUGUAAUGCCUGCGUUCGCUCCCAUGUUCAGCAAUUCCAACCAGCGAAGGACCCAGACGGCCCACGUGUCGCUUCGUUUCCUCUCUCCGAUUUUGCUUUUAGUUAACUUCAUUUUUAUGUAGGUGAGUGACAUUGUGUUUCCCUGCUGGUCGUGUUAUCAGUGACACAUGGAACUGGCCCUGCCAAGAGGAAAUUCCCCUGAUAACUUGUUUUCUUAAGCUUUCUGUCAGAGGUUGUAGGGAGAGAUAGGGAAGAAGGAGCUGAAUUUGGAGCCUGCAGUUUACCUCCUAGAAUGUCCUUGCCCUGCUACCCCUCGUGCAGUGUUCGCUCCGCAUAGCUGAUCUUUGAGGGGUGGACAGAGUGAAGGCAGCCUUGAAAAGUUUUCCUAUCCAUUCAAGCACAAAAGGAUCAGCUACACAGCUACAUCGUGGGUAGGGCCGUUAGGAUAGCUGGGUCAUUAGGACAGGCCAGAACCCUGGUCAUUGAAUGAAAACGGAAAGUCUCCAGACAUAAGCAGACCAGGGCACUUAACACUUUGGUUCAUUUCUUUAACACAUGUUUUUGAUUGAGAGCCUACGAUGGACCAGGCACUAUUCUAGACACAGGAGACUGGUGAGUACACAGGUGUGGUCUCUGUCCUCCUAGGAGAACAACCCAAAAUAAAAUGAUAGCAAAUUGUUACAACUAGAAGGGAAG